GUGAAAGCAAAGAUGGCGAACGAACUGGACAGAGUGCGAAUCUCAGCUGCGGAACUCCGAGCUGAAGCGUCGAAUGCAAAUAAUAUUACCGAUUAUCAGAAAGAGGAGCAACACCUAUCCAAGCAACAUAAGAGGCGUGAAGGAAAGCGUCCUGAUCUUCAGCGCUACCAGGCAUUAGCUGGACAUGGUCGGCGUCACCGUGACAGUGAGGAGGGUGAAACUGUUCAGAGUGAUCCACCGGCAACUUAUUUGCAUGAGCAUGAAAAACCAUUGCAGAGUGAGAAAAAGGGUGUCUCUGAAAAAGUUUUAGAAUGCAUAGAUGGUGGGACAGGCACCAACAAAAAAGAAGAAGACAGGAUGAGAGGUGAUGGUAGUAACAGUCAGAAUUGUAAAAUGGGUGGCCUCUCACAAGCUAAAACGGAAGCAAAUGAAGAAAAAGGCUUUGUUGGAAAUGACAGAGAACACCUGGAACCUGCUGGAGCUGCUAAACCGGCAAAGAAAGCCCGCAAACCUGACCGGGAAAUUUAUCAACCUGGGAGCCGGAGGAACAUCCAGGGAAAGGACUGUGGAGUUGGAAGAGAGCAAGAUAAACCUCCCCCAAGGAAGCAUGAGCAGAAAACUGAACCAGAGUCCCAGCUGAAUACAGGGGAAAUGGAGGGUCUUAAAAAAACAUCUACACAGAAGCGGGCUGGGAAAGGUAAAGAAGUAAAAGGUAUACAGGAGAACUUAAAACUGUCAAAAUCAAGUGAGACGAACAGAAAGCAAGGAAGCCAAGAUGCUCAGAAACCUCCAUUACCCUCUGAUCCUUCGGUGGAGAAAAUUACUAGUAAAGUAGAAAAACUCAGCAUGAAAGAAAAGGGUAAAGUGGGAUGUGAAGGCCAAGAUGUUGAUGAGUUAAGUUGCAGAAGAGGUGAGACAACUGAUAAGGGAAGACAAGGCCAAGGGGGAGGGACAAAAGAGGAGGAAGAAAAGAUAGAAAAGAAGAGGGAAAAGGGAAACCGCAGGAGGAGAGGAGGUGAGAAGGAAAAAGAGCGAAAUCAGGACUUCAGGAGAGGAGAAGAUGAAGCAAGUAGUGGAGGAAAAAGCGACCAGGGAAAGCUGAGAGGUGCAGAAGUGGAUAGGGAUAACAAACCAGGUAAGACAGGAGAGACGCACCAAGGCAAAGGGAGAGAAAAUUGCAGAGAAAGCAGAAGAGGAGACAACAACAACAACCGGCCUAGAGAAGCUGAGAAAGAUGGUAAGACAGAAAAAAAUGUAGACAGGACUGCAGAAAGAAUUGAUAGAAACAAAUCCAAUGCAAAUAUCACAACACCAUCCUCAAAACGAUAUUCCAAAUCAGACAUUCGGCGCUCACGGAAUCGUACUUACAGCAGUAGCUCAGCCAGCAGUGUGACCAGCUUGGAUGGUCCAGGACUAGGAAUGGAUGUGGAAAGUACCAAGUGGUCACGCUUGCAGCCGAAGCACAAUAACAAAGAAGAGAUGUCUAAUAGUGGGCAAGGACGAAGGAGUCAUUUACAAAGCUGGACAACGAAUGGGGAGUCAUCUACAGAAUCACUGGAAGGGAGUGAGAUGAGUGACAUAGCAGAAGAUAGAAGGAGGCGAAGAAGAGGAGGGGAGGAAGAUCUAAUUGCAGCGAGGCGGAGGGAAGAAAGGAACAGACCAAAGGGAAACAAAGGUGGAGGUCGAGGAAUCCUCAGGGUUUCACUUGAAAAACAUUCAAGUACCGUGUCACAUAGUGGGGAUGCACAACAUUGCAAAAAAGGCUUGGUUCCUCGUGGCAGAGGUGGGGGUAUUCUGGUGCUUCCAGCCCGCACGGACAUAUCUAAUUCACCUGAGGUUGGCCAGAGGCUUCUUUUUGGUGGAAUUAGGGGAGGAGCAGCUUCCAGUAGUAGAGGAGGCAGAGGAGGAGGAGUGAGACGACUCUGGGAUCCCAACAACCCAGACCAGAAACCAGCUCUUACCAGCACCCAUUCUUCCCAGCAUAAAUCUCACCAGCAGCCUAUAUAUCUUCAGACAGGGACUGGAUAUGGGCAGCUUCACUUUCUGGACACGGACGAUGAGGUAGCAGGCAGUCCUCCAGUCCAGCAGGGUGAGCACUUUCGAUCUCAGCAGGCUGCUGCCAUGGCCUACUACAAAUUCCAAAACUCGGACAACCCCUACUGUUAUCCCACACCCACCAGCAACCCACAUAAUCCCAGCACCACCACCGGCCAGCGCUAUCCAUAUCCUUAUCAUAUGGGGCCCUACCAAAUGGCUCCCCCUAAUGGUAUGUACCCGGGCCCAGGUGUGGGUCAGUUCUGUGGGAAUUACAGGGGAGCAGGUUAUUCUCAGCCAGGAGCAGGAGGUGGUUUGACGUUUGAAGAGGUGGAGCAACAGGCCAGAGGGGAACUGGGAAGGCUUUUGAGGGCUGCAGAUUCACAGGAGCUCCAGCUCAGUAACCUGCUGUCCAGGGACAGAGUGAGUGCUGAGGGACUGGAUCGCAUGGCCCAGCUCAGAGCUGACCUUUUGGGGCUAUAUGAGCAGGUCAUCCUCACAGACAUCGAAUUCUCUGACUCUCAGAACGUGGAUCAGGCUUUGUGGAAGAAUGUCUUUUACCAGGUCAUAGAGCGCUUCCGGCAGCUACUCAAGGACCCUGCUUAUGACAACACCGCUCAUAUCAGGAACAUGCUUCUCACUCAGCUUGAUGAGGGAGCACUAUUCUUUGAUGCGCUGCUUCAGAAGCUGCAGACAGUGUACCACUUUAAGUUAGAGGAUUACAUGGAUGGUAUGGCUAUCAGGGCUCGGCCAUUACGCAAAACGGUAAAGUAUGCACUAAUCAGUGCUCAGCGCUGUAUGAUUUGUCAGGGAGAUAUUGCACGUUACCGGGAACAAGCCAGUGACUCGGCCAAUUACGGCAAGGCUCGCAGCUGGUACCUGAAAGCCCAGCAGAUUGCUCCCAAAAAUGGACGACCAUAUAACCAGCUGGCCCUGCUGGCAGUCUAUACAAAGCGGAAGCUGGAUGCUGUGUAUUAUUACAUGCGCAGCUUGGCAGCUUCCAACCCCAUCCUGACUGCAAAGGAAAGCCUGAUGAGUCUGUUUGAAGAAGCUAAGCGUAAGGCAGAGCAGCUUGAGCGAAGGAGGAGGCAGGAGCAUGAAGGAGGCUCCAGGGGUCCAGCAGUAAGAGGAAGAGGAAGAGGGGAAGAGGGAGCACGUGUGGAGAUUUGGAUUCGUCCCAGCGGACAAGCAGCAACCCCAUCCUCACAGCGAGGAGGUAGUGAGUCCAGCAGAGACUCUGAACAGGAUGGAGAGCUGGGUAGUCUCAGCGCUAGUGACCUAAACAAGAGAUUUAUUCUGAGUUUCCUGCAUGCACAUGGAAAGCUCUUCACUAAAGUGGGCAUGGAGUCAUUCCCUGGAGUGGCAAGCCGUGUUCUGCAGGAGUUCAGGACACUGCUCCAGCAUGGCCCCUCCCUACUGGGCAGCACACACAUGCUUCAGAUCAUCACCAUCAACAUGUUCACGAUACACAAUGCCCACAGCAGAGGUGAAGAAGGAGAAGUGCGCUCUGUUUUACAAGACCAAAGCACUGCCCUGGGUCUCGGCAUGUUUGCACUACUGGUGCAGCGCUGCACAGAGCUGCUCAGAGAUACUCCUGCAGAACCAGUCCCCAUGGCAGAUGGAGAGGAGGACAGUAAAGGGGAGGAGCUGGACGGUAUGGUGAGGGUCUCUGCCUUCCCACUGGACCUUAGAGAACUACUGCCAAGCAUCAAGGUCUGGUCUGACUGGAUGUUGGGACACCCAGACCAGUGGAACCCACCACCAUGCAGUAUAGAUUGCAGCCCUGAUGUUUGGCAGUGCCUGGCUGACCUGUGUAACGUGCUGGCACGUGUGGACCACGGGGAAGUGCCGCUUUACAAAGUCGACUCUGAAGAAGGCGAGGGAGACGAGGAGUUGACUGUGCUGCAGUUGAAGGAAGACAGGCUGCUUGCUGGUUUUGUACCACUGCUGGCUGCACCGCAGGAGCCGUGUUACACUGACAGACACACUGACAUGGCAAUAGCAGCAGAUUGUAAGAGAGUGACGGUGCUGAAGUACUUUCUGGAGGCUUUGUGUGGACAGGAAGAGCCUCUGCUGGCCUUCAAGGGAGGCAAAUACGUCUCUGUGGCAACUUCUCCUUCACCUAACCACUCAGUGGAUUCAAGGAGCAGGCAGGAUUCUUUAACAAAGAAAGAGGCUGAUGAUGUCAUAGUCGAGGCAGAGUCAUCUUUCUCUGCAUCAGAAGAAGAGGAGGACGCAGAGGAGGCGGGAGACAGCGAGAAUGACAUCAGACAGCUGAAGGCUCGCCGCCACGCUCUCGCCAACAAACUGGCACAGCAACAGAAGCGCAGGGAUAAAAUACAGGCGGUGCUGCAGACAGGCGGGCAGUUGGAGCUGGAAGUGAGGCCUCUGUUCUUGGUUCCGGAUACCAAUGGAUUCAUUGAUCACUUGGAAGGACUGAAGAAACUUCUUCUGUGUGGAACAUACAUUAUAGUCGUGCCACUUAUUGUGAUUACAGAGUUGGAUGGCUUGGCUAAAGGCCAGGACAACUUUGGAGGUGGAGUGGGGUCCGGGGGACGCAACUCUGGCAGUCGUGGCAACUAUAAUGUGAGUGCUGCCCAUGUGAAGUCCGUGCAGGAGAAGGCCCGGUUGGCAGUGGUUUUCUUAGAGAAAGGCUUUGAAGCCAGGGAACCGUGCCUCAGAGCCCUGACAAGCAGAGGAAAUCAGCUCGAGUCUAUUGCCUUCCGCAGUGAAGACACCUCUGGACAGCAGGGUAACAAUGAUGAUGUGAUUCUGUCUUGCUGUCUCCACUACUGCAAAGACAAGGCAAAAGAUUUCAUGCCUGAUCAGAGAAAUGGGACAGUGAGACUCCAAAGAGAGGUAGUACUCCUUACAGAUGACCGUAACCUGCGCGUCAAAGCUUUGACCCGCAACGUCCCAGUCCGAGACAUCCCUGCAUUCCUCAGCUGGGCCAAAGUGGGCUGAACCAAGCUAAGCUGGAAUCAAAAGAGCCCAACUGCUGAAGCCUGCUUGCCACUCAGCCAGAAGAGAAAACACACUUUGGCAGAGGAAGAAGGGGAGGAGUUAAGAGGGGAGAGGAAAUAAAAAAGAAAGUGAAGAACCACUACUUAAGAAAUACAAGCAAAUGUAGUAAGAACAGGGUGGUUUCAACUAGCUUUUCCCUCUUGUGAUGGAGUGUGUGUGUGUAUGUAUGUGUUAAGAUCAGCGAGCUUCCCCAGAAAGAGACAGGGAGACUUGAUAAGUCUCAGGAAGGCUGGACUAGAAGGGAGGAAGGAGGUAAAAAUGUAGUGGUGUGAUUUGGAAGUUGUCUAGUCCAGCCUCAAGCCUCUGCGCCUAGUUAGUGAGUGUGUACUCUGCAGGCAGUAUUAAAAUUUGAGGCUGAUGAUAGAAUGGACCACGGAGUGUGUUUAUGGUCAUUUAAUUGAUUAAAGACAUCAGUACUGAAGGCCUUAAUUGGCACUUCUACACUCUUCUGAUGGCCCGGUCUUAUAGACUGCUGUGGCCUCUACAGCAGAGCUGAGGGAAAAGAUGGAGAAGAGGAGCACAGCUGGAGGGUCUGUGUCAGUACAGUAAAAAGUGGUUGAUAGUAAGUGAGGGUUAAUCAAGAGCCCUCGUGCAACCUCAGCACCACCAAGGAAUUGCAAGCAGGUAUGGUAUUUCCUGCCAACCCAGGAAGUGCCUUAUUCCUGUUUGGUAACUUGGUUGUUCCUCCAGCUCAAAGCUAACAUUAAGUUUGGGUAUUGUGAGAGUUUUUAAAAAGUCAGCAACAACAAAAAAAAGAUUGGUUUAUUUUUAUUUUUUUUAUUUUUUGUUUUUUGACUUAUAUUUUAGCUCAUGUGUAAAAAGUUUUUCCUUUGUGGAGGCUAUUUUUCCAUUUUAAAAACUCUAUAAUAAGCAUCUGCAAAGUUUUCCAGGAUGAAUCACAAUUUAUUGAUUCCAGGGUUUAUUAAUCAGAUCUGGGUGGAAAUUAAUUUGUAAGGAAUAAUUAACUUGUGUGUUUGAAGAUUAUAACGUGUGAGAAUUGGUAUAUCAAGACUAGUCAGUUGGUUUGUUGGUUUUCAGUUCUAUAAAAUUACGCAACAUUGACUAACUUUAUGGGAUUUUGUCCUUCGAGCAAAAAAAAAAAACCAUCUAUCACCUAAAACAGUAUGAAACAAAAAUUUGCAAAUACAUUUUGACACAGGUCUCCUUUAGACAGCAGCAGUGUUAGGAGAUGACUGUGGCUUUGCAGAUACUUCAUUAUGGAGUACCACUGGUGUAUCAGUCUUUCUUUUCUGGUGUUCAGUUCAUAUCACCACAGCAGUUUACCUUCCCAUGAAAUUAUUUUAAUCACCAUUACCCAUGUUUCUCUUCAGCAUUACUGUUUUUUCCCAGGUCAGGUAUCACCUUUUCUGGAGUUGAAAUAAAAUACAUGUGGUAUAAGACCACAAAUUACAGCUUGUAAAAUUACCACCGAGUUCAAACAACACCUCACUGACGCAUCUUCAGCAAACACUGAACACAAAGGUAGUGUUUGUGUUUGCGAUUUUGCUUGCUCUCCAUUGCUUCGGGAGAAGGUUUUGUCAGUGUAUAUUUCUGUGUGCUUUUGAGAUUGUCUGGAUGCUCAAAAUAGGUAUAAUCUACACCUCUGUCUUCUGUCAUGUUAUAUCAUACACAAUUCAUUAUUCACUCACCGCAGUUUGAUCACAUGACUUUAAAAUAAUACUGCACUGUAUGUAGAAGUGGCUAUCCAACUUACUCUUUGUCCUGUACCUUUUCAGCUGCGCUCGUACAACUACCGUCAGCAGUUGAUAUUUCUGUAUUUGUGUAAACUGUCAGGCAGGUUUAUUAAUUUUUUUUAGCGCUUCUGUGGCUUCUGUUCAGUGGCACUGCUUCAGUGUUUUAGUGUCUGAGCAAAUGUAGUGAAUACAUCAUCUACAUAGCACAAAUGACUUUUUCAUCAUCCAUCAUUAAAAAUGUUUUGAAGGCA